GAUAUUUGAGCCAACAGAGAACGAGACCAAGCAAGUCUUUCUCAGUUCACAAAUCACAAACAUUAAUAGUUGGUAGAUUGUACAAUCUACACGCAAUUCUGAUUUGACUUCCCAAAACCCAAAAAGUACAGCCCUCCACUUCAAACCCGCUGAAUUGAUUUAGCCUACUUUGACAGGUUUUUUUCCUUUUGUCCUUUCGUUUUUAAAAUUAUUAAAGAAAAGAAGAAAAACAACCCCAGAAACUCCCUUCUUCUCCUUCUUCUUCUUCUUCUACUUAAGCAAGGCUGCAGUCGACAAAAGCUUGCUUAAAUUGUAACAGGGCAGCUCAUAUAAAUAUCUCUCUUUUUCUGCCAUCUUUCCAUUACAACUUUCUUUUCUUUUAUUAUCUCACUCUCAAAAAGGAAAAAAAAAAAAAAAAACCAAAAGAGAGCUUCCCCAAAGCUGAGAAACUCAGACAUAUGCACAAGUGCUUCUCUCUCUUUUAAAAACGUUGUGUUUGUUUCUUUCUUGAAACUGGGGUUUUAGUUCUCAACCAGCCAACCGUACUUAGCCUAGAAAGCAAGCUCCUUUCUCUCUCUUUUGUUGUUGGCUUGAGUAGUGCACUUAAAAGCUGAUCAAACAGGAGCAUUGAAAGCCAAAAAAAGGAAAAAGAAUUGGGCUUUGAACAUAAGGAAUGGUGCGCUAUCAGCGUUAUAAUCAGUUGAAAAAGGGUGGAGAUGAAGAAGCAGGGACCAUUGUUCUUGUUUGGACAAACCCUGGUUACUGCAGGAGAAGGAGGCCUAAACUUUUCUCGUUCCUCAUGCUUUCUCUUCUCUCUUGUAGCUUCUUAUUGGCUCCUCACUUCUUUAGUUCUUAUUUUGCUUUAUCUCAUCUCUAUUCAUUUGGUGUGCAAAAUGAAGGCCUUCCCGGUGAUAGGGAUGUAAAUACUCCUCUUUGCUCUUCAAUCUCUAAUGGUACAAUUUGCUGUGACAGAAGCCAUUUUCGUUCUGAUAUUUGUUUUAUGAAGGGUGACAUAAGAACACACUCUUCCUCGUCUUCAGUAUUCCUUUAUUCACCAAAAAGCAGCAACGGUUUCAUCAAUUAUGUUUCAAGGAUGGUUGAUGAUGGAGAAGAAGAAGAAGAUGAUGAACUUCAACAUGAAAAGAUCAAACCUUAUACCCGAAAAUGGGAAACAAGUGUGAUGGACACCGUUCAUGAAUUGGACCUUAUCUUAAAGAGAGAGAAUUCGGGUGUUCGCCAUCCUUGUGAUGUGAUUCAUAAUGUUCCAGCUGUUAUCUUCUCAACUGGAGGCUAUACCGGCAACGUUUAUCAUGAGUUUAAUGAUGGGUUCAUACCUUUAUACAUCACUUCACAGCAUUUUAACAAGAAGGUUGUGUUUGUCAUUCUUGAAUAUCAUAAUUGGUGGGUUAUGAAGUAUGGUGACAUCCUUUCACGUCUCUCGGAUUAUCCAACAAUAGACUUUAGUGGAGACCAUCGAACCCAUUGCUUCACUGAGGCAAUUGUUGGUCUGAGGAUCCAUGAUGAGCUCACUUUGGACUCUUCAUUGAUGAGAAGCAAUAAGAGUAUCGUCGAUUUUCGGAAUCUUCUUGAUAGAGCUUACUGGCCUAGAAUUAGAGGUUUGAUUCGGGUUGAGGAACGAGAAGCACAAGAGAAGAAAAUCUCCUUACGUCCAACAUCAGGGUCUGCAUUAGAUAUUGGAAAAAAGGUGAAACACCAAGCAAGUAGACCAAAAUUGGUUAUCUUGUCUCGAAAUGGUUCUAGAGCUAUAACUAAUGAGAACAUUUUGGUGAAAGCAGCUGAGAAAAUUGGGUUCCAGGUUCAUGUUCUGAGGCCUGAACGAACAACAGAAUUAGCAAAGAUUUAUAGGACACUUAAUUCAAGUGAUGUCAUGAUUGGCGUCCAUGGUGCUGCUAUGACUCAUUUUCUGUUCAUGAAACCUGGCUCUGUUUUUGUUCAAGUUAUUCCCCUAGGAACAGACUGGGCAGCUGAGACAUACUAUGGGGAGCCCGCAAGGAAGCUUGGUUUGAAAUAUAUUGGCUACAAAAUCACGACUAGAGAGAGCUCAUUGUUUGAUGAAUAUGAUAAAGAUGAUCCUGUUCUAAGAAAUCCUUCGAGUAUAACUGAAAAAGGUUGGGAAUACACUAAGAAGGUCUAUCUUGAAGGGCAAACUGUAAAAUUAGACCUGAGAAGAUUUCAGAAGCGGCUGGUUCGUGCUUAUGACUAUAUCACUAGAAUCCACGGACAAUCUUAUCUCCAUUCACAGUAAUUCUCAUUAUGUAACAUAAUUGAAAUGUGAUUAUUACUUAUUCUUUACACUUCAUUAUUAUUUGAUUUAUUUGAUCAUAAUUUGUAAACCUUCGUUUGUAGAGAUUACCCCUUCUUCUACUUGUCUGUUUUGUACAGCUGGCACCACAAACCAUGACAAAUAAACUUCAUUUUGGUAAACGCUAAUCGGCCAUUCAUGAGUUGCAACCUCUCUUUCAUAUUCUGUAAAACUUUCGUACUUCAUAUUGUUUAGCCUAAUGAAAUUUUAUACCAAUUAUUUGUAUAUAUUGACUAAAAUAUUUACAGCUUGGCAACUAUGUGUUUGCUUUUAAGGCUUUGGUUUCAGGGAAUUUACUCCUUGUUAUAAAUUGCUGAUACUUGUUCAGAUUUCAUCCAUUAAAUAAUGGGUUACUCUCUUAUUUCUUCUGCCAACUUUUAUGUCCUUCCUCUCAUGGUAUCAAUUGGCAUUGCAAAUCAUCUUGUCUGAUAUUUAGGCCAGGAAGGUAGCAUUUGUGACACCUGCUAUGUUUUUGACUAUAAAUUUCUUUAACUAGUGCAUGU